AUGCCCACUUAUGCCAAGUUUUUGAAGGAUAUUCUAACCAAGAAGAGGGUUGUGGAUGUGGUUGAGUCUAUUAGCCUACCCGAAAGUUGUAGUGCCAUUAUCCAAAACAAGUUGCCCACCAAAUUGAAAGAUCCCGGGAGUUUUUCCAUCCCUUGUGCAAUUGGGGAACUUGUCAUAGAUAAAGCCCUAUGUGACUUAGGGGCAAGUGUGAGUGUAAUGCCAUUCUCUAUUUUUCAAAGGUUGAAUGUGGGAGAGUUGAAUCCUACCCAAGUGUCCCUCCAAUUAGCCAACCGUUUGGUGAAGCUUCCUUUGGGAAAGUGUUAG